GUUAAUACAUCAGAUACUACUGUAUGUUCUCAAUGCCAUAGUUGCUUAGCCCAGCCUACCUGACCUUCCAUCUUCCAAUAUGCCUACAGCAGUAAUCACAGGCGCAAAUUCCGGCAUCGGAAAUGCCCUUGCCAAAAUCCUCAUUAGAGAGGACUACAAAGUGAUAGCGGUAGACAAAACCCUCGGCCCGGUCAUCAAAUCUCUAGACUGCUCUACCCAUCAACUCGAUAUCUCUUCGCCGGACUCCAUAACCUCUUUCGCUCAAUCUAUCACACAUGACACACCUAUCGAUCUCCUCCUUCAUGUCGCAGGCGUCAUGUCCCCACCCUCCUCAGACAGCCUCGCAACAGUCUCUCUCUCAACACUCCAGAACACCUUCUCCGUAAACACCUUCGGCCCAAUCCUGCUAACGCAAGCCCUGCUUCCCAACAUCCGCAAGUCUUCAUCCCCAAAGCUUGCUGUGGUAUCAAGUCGCGUAGGCAGCAUGGCGGAUAACAGCUCCGGUGGCCAAUACGCAUACCGCGCCAGUAAAGCGGCCGUAAAUAGCCUUUUCAAGAGCGCGAGUGUGGAUCUGAAAGACGAGGGUGUGGCAGUACUUGUGCUGCACCCGGGAAUUGUCAAGACAGCGUUGGAUGCUAGACAUAAGGAGGAAGAUGUGCCAGGCGCGGUGGAGCCAGAGGUAGCGGCAGAGGGUUUAUGGGAUGUGCUGAGUAAGAAGGGGAUGGAAAGCACAGGGAUGUUCUUCCAUCGGAGCGGGGAGGAGCUGCCCUGGUAGGUGGCAGUGUUUAAAUUGUAUGGGGGUAAUUUAUAUAUGUAUUCGAAUAGUUGGGAUGUUGAUCUAUCAAGAGCACUGAAAGUAUAUACGACUGAAUUCGAUGACCGCUGGUCUCAGAAAGCC